CCCAACUGGGAACCCAAACUGGGACCCCGACCCCAAACUGGGAACCCAAACUGGGACUGGGACCCCAACAAUGGCGAACCCAAACUGGGACUUACCCUACCCCAAACUGGGAAACCCCAAAGUGGAUACCAAACUGGGAUCCCCAAACUGGGAACCAAACCGUUACUGGGACACCCAAACUGGGAAUCCCCAACUGGGACUGGGACCCCAAACUGGAACCCCAAACUGGGAACUCCAACUCCCAAACUGGCCCCAAACUGGGACUCCGACCCCAAACUGGGAACCCAAACUGGGACCCCGACCCCAAACUGGGAACCCAAACUGGGACUCCGACCCCAAACUGGGACCCCAAACUGGGACCCCAACCCAAACUGGGAUCCCAAACUGGGACUCCGACCCCAAACUGGGAACCCAAACUGGGACUGGGAACCCAAACUGGGACUGGGACCCCAAAGUGGGACUGGGACCCCAAACUGGGAACCCAAACUGGGACUGGGAACCCAAACUGGGAUCCCAAAGUGGGACCCCAAACUGGGACCCCAAACUGGGACCCCAAACUGGGACCCCGACCCCAAACUGGGAACCCAAACUGGGACUCCGACCCCAAACUGGGAGUCCAGAUUGGGACCCUGGGACCAACUGGACGCCAACUGGGAACCCAACUGGGACCCGACACCAAACUGGGAGACCCAAAUGGGACUUCCCGACCCCAAACUGGGAGCCCAAAAAUAG